CUCAGCUGUUAUGGCGGCCGUUAGAUGAAUCUCGGGAAAAUUAGCAAUUUGCGCCUGCGUUGCAGAGUGAUUCUUGUUUCCGGUUCGAAAAAAUAACUUUGUACAUUGUACUAUUUCAUGGAAAUUUUGUCCUGAUGUUGAUCUUUACUGAAACAGAUUAUGUCAACGACAGUGUGCCUAACCCAAGUUUUAGAUAAAGAGGAACUUUUAAAUGGAUUAAGUUUACAUUUCAGUAAUGAUGAGGAUGAAGUAUCUAGAGCUGCAGAGGAGAUAGAGUUUGAUGAUUGCUCUAAAGGUCUUGGUAUAAAGAUCUGUGGUGGCUGUAGUUUAGAUGGCAGACAAGACAAUGGUAUCUUUGUGAAGAGAGUUUUACCAGGAGGACUGGCUGAUAUUGAUGGUCGUCUGCAGGCAGGUGACCAUGUAUUGAGAGUUAAUGAUGAAAGUUUGGAAGGUGUUACAAAUGAGAGGGCGGUAGCUAUACUGCGUCAGGCUUCAGCUACUAAUCAUGUAGUCAUGGUGAUUUGUAGAGAUCAAAUAGCAAGGAAUGAAUUCCAAGAGAUCCUUGAGAAACAGAAUGGGUACAGUUUUCCAUGUACACCUAUUCCUAAUGAUUCUCAAAACAGGUCUACAUCAAGGGCAACAACUCCAUCUGGAUAUGGCACAGAUACACAUAGAAAAUCCCCUAAUGUGGACCAAGACAGUUCACUCAGUGAUGGCAAAAAUAGUCCCAGAGAAAUCUCAGGUUCCAGUUCUAGUCCCAGAUAUUCUUCACAGAUAAAUGGUAGUAGCAGCAGUGAGGAACAUUCAAAGUGUAAUGGGGUUCCAAAAAGGACACAUAGUGAUCCUCAGUAUCGCAUAAUGAUCCCAAGUAUGGCCUCAACCCCACAGGUCAAAGGUUCUGUAGGAUCCAGACCAAGAGAUAGUUUAUGCUCUGUAUCCUCCAUGUUACCCCCAGAGGAUAUAUCUCCUGUCCCUGGGGUCAGACCCUUGCAUGGGUUAUCAAACAGCGACGCAUCAUCAGUGUUCACUCACCAGAGUCAUAGCCGAUUACCAAAGUCUAAAGACAUGUCCCAAUCACGCAAACUGUCCCUAGAUCCACAUGUACGAUUAAAGAUAGACAAAUUGGAAGUUGCAUUGCAGUAUCUUGGACUGGAACCUAAUGCUGAACAACAGUCAAUAAUGAGAAAGAGGCUACAUGUGGACUCAUCUGGGACUGUCAACUACGGAGAUUUUGUUGUGAUUGCCAAGGAAGUAUUCCGUCAUGAGUUAGAAGAGCGGAACAUUACAACAGGGGCUAUGUUAUUUGCUGCCAGUGAUCUGACUGAUUUAGUUGAUCCACCCCCUUUCAGACCUGAGAUGAGUAACAUAACAGACAUUCCAGAAAAAGAAGAUAUUGAAUCUCUUCGUCUUGAAAGGGAUCAGUUGAGAGAUGAAGUUCAAAGGUUAAAGAAUGCUUUAAGUGAAAAAGACCACUACCAAACUGUUGCUGAAGGAGAGUUGGCCAGAAUUAAAAAGAGAGCUAUAGGAGCAGUUGAUGAAACCAGGUCACUCAGAGACAAAGUACAGCUAGCUGAACAAGCUCAGAGGGCUGCGAGAAGUAUGGAACAGGAUUAUGAGGAGGUUGUCCAGUUAUUGGAGAAAGAAAUUGCAAAACUAAAGCAACAGUUACGAUUUCAAGGGGAAGUUAAUCCAGCUACACAACAAAAGAUAGCAGUGUUGACCUGUCAGCUGAGAAAGUCAGAAGCAGGCAGGAAGACAUAUGAAGUGGCUACAGAAAAGUUGUUACAGUUUGCAGAGAAUGUACAUGAAAUAAUGACAGGAGGCAGUAAUGUGUUGUCUAUUAGACAGCAAGGUGAAGUCGCUAGAGGAAACAAACCCCCUGCUUAUCUAAGUAAACAUAAAAAGUUAUCACCAAAGACAAUAGCUGCUGAAGCCAAAGAAGUUGUUUGUGCUGUGAGAUCUAUUAUUGAAGCUGAACCUUUACCGUAUGGUUGGGAAGAAGCCUAUACUGCUGAUGGCAUGAAGUAUUACCUAAACCAUUCAACACAGAUUACGACCUGGUCUCAUCCUAGAUCUGGUGUACAGCAAUUUGCUACCAUACAGGUUAGCAAGAACAAAGAAGAACAAACAGAACUGAAGCAUACAGCAUCAUGAUAAUAGACAUUUUAUUGUAUGUGUGUGUUUCAAGCAAGGAUAUGAUUAUAUUGCUAGCAAUUGUUUUGAAUUCCAAAUAUUGUGAAUUUUAAGAUUAAAAUAUCUUUAAAUAUUGUGAAUUUUAAGAUUAAAAUAUCUUUUAGAUGUAUAGAGGGAUAAGUUAGACAUAUAUAUAUGUGUACUACCUGCUAGAUAAUAUAUAUCUUCACAUGUAAGGAAUCUUAACGAUUUGAAUACUGUAAACCAACUUAUUUUUUGCUGAUACUUUAUUUCGCGUUUAUCCCCUCUAUACCACUUGGCGGCGAUUUAAUUUCGCAAUGUUCUUAUUUAUAAUAUGUAGUUCCAUAAGGCAAGAUCCGAGUUUUACAAAUUCACGACGAUUUAUAUUUGUAUUUUUUUUCUACUCGCGAAAGAUGCAAAAAUAAAUUGCUCGCGAAAAUUAGUUGGUUUACAGUUAUUUAAGCAGAAUAUUAAUAGAAUUUCUCAGUCUGCACCAUUAACCACUAGUCCAAUACCCUAGAUUAGGAAAACACUUUUUGGGACUAAUAAGUUGUUUCAAAAUCUGUUUAGAAAAAUAUCAGAAUAUUGGACUAGUCUUUGGAAAAAUAUGUGGUGCAGACUGUAUUUUAAUAUUGAUAAGAUAAAUUGUAUGGUCCCCUCAUUAAUAUUAUAUCUGGUUAUUUUAGAAAAAUUGAAAUUGCUAAUUGUUGUGUACAGUGAACAGGCAUUUAUUGUGAUUAAAUCUGUUUUUUUAAUGUCUAGUUAGUGUGAUAUGAAAUAAUAUCAAUUGACUACUUUGGCAUAGUGUUGACCUUUUUUUG